GUCUCAGAGGAGUGUUCGGCCGGGAAAGUUGGCUGCCGCCUAGUGGUCGGGGAGGGAAUUUCUUCUGCUGUGAGUUCUCCGGCGUCGCAGAUCAGCCUGAUUCCUACUUACAAACAUGUCGUAUGGGUCGCUAGAUGGCAGUGGAUUUGGAAGCAGAAACCCUUUCAGUGGACCCUCUACACAAGGAUACCAGCCUCUUGCCACCCAGAUCGAUCAGAAUGAACUACAAGAACUUUUCCAGAUCACUUCCGGUGACAUUUAUCGGAUAAACAUUAAUGUGCAGUCUUUGGAGAGAAUCCUUCGUUCCCUGGGGACCGCUAGUGACACGCAGGAGCUGAGGGAUCGCCUCCAUUUCACUCAGCAAGAAACCAACAACACUAUCACUUCCAGCACCAAAUCCAUUCGGCAACUCUCCGAGUUUGUUCGUGGUUCCUCUCGGCAGGAUCGCCUUCAGCUGGAUAGACUGAGAAGCCAGUUAUCCGAUAUAAUCCAGCGCUACGGAGUCGUGCAGAAGAAAAUUGCAGAGAAGUCCAAGUCACUGCUGUCUGCCGACCAGAAAUCUAUAAAGAGCCCUCGGACUCCAUUUUCCGACAUUGCGGAUGACGAAAAUAUUUUUAAUGGUGGCGACGAGCAGUGGCAGAGCCAGAAGCAAACGCAGGAUUUGACAGAGUUCAGUGAAGAGGAUCUCGAUGAAAUCCGUCAGAAGGAAGAAGCUAUAAACCAGAUUGAGAGUGAUAUGCUCGAUGUGAACCAGAUUAUGAAGGACUUGGCCUCUAUUGUCUAUGAGCAAGGAGAUACCAUAGACAGCAUUGAAGCCAAUAUAGAGACUGCUUCUUCUCAUGUGGAAUCUGCCAAUCGCCAGUUGGCAAAAGCCAGUCAGCACCAAAGACGUGCCAGGAAGCUCAAGUGCUGCCUUAUCUCCGCCGGACUCCUCGUCCUCCUGGUGAUCGUAGUUAUCAUUGUCGUGUCGGUGAGGAAUUAGCCGGGAGCAGCCGCAGGGGCCAAUCUCUCCGUCCCUCUCCCCAAACUACUGAGCUUUGCUUUCUCCUGCACGCUGAUGGCCGGGGGUGCCGCCCAAGGAUUCCUGUAAUGGCAGUUAUUCAUCUCUUCCAUCCACUUAUUCACUAUGUUGUCGCGUUGGUUAAUUAUGUUCUGGUUAUGGAUAAUAAGGCCCAUUGUUCUCCUAUUUUGCACUCUUAUUACUCAAUAAAUACUGUGUAAUCCUGAAAA